AUGUCUACCCGAAGGCCCCAGUUCAACCAGACCGUCCUCAUCGACACCACCCCCCUCCCCGACGACAUCCCCAAGGUCCAGGAGGUCGGCGCUAGUUCUGCACCCCUACUAUCCGCAUCUUACUUCAUCGGCGCUCGCUGCCGCGACUACAACGAUGACUACAUGCAGUGCAAGAACGAGAACCCCGGCCGCGGCGAGUUCGAGUGCUUGAAGGAGGGCCGCCGUGUCACUCGCUGCGCUUCCAGCGUCUCUGCAGAGCUCAGAUUGUCGACCGGACACGCUGACAGAGCUGGAAAAUGCAGUAUCGAGGACGUCAACAAGCACUGCCUUGAGCAGUUCACCAACCACUGGAAGUGCCUUGACAACCACAACCACCAGCUGUGGCAAUGCCGCCCCUUCGAGUGGCGGCUCAACAAGUGUGUCUUUGAUAACUUGAAACUCGAGAAGAAGAUCCCCGACCAGCCUGGGAACGUCACACCCGUCGAGCUCCGACCGCAGCAGAUCUUUGCCGACCGCAAGUUCCGCUCCAUCGAGGGCAAGCCCUUUGUUCCUGGGCAGGAGGCGAAGCAAUAA